GGCGGCAGCGGCGGCUGGGAGACUGGGCGGGUUUCCGGGGCUGCCGGCCUGACCUCUGAGAGCUGCUGUCAUGGCGGCUGCUCCGUGGGGUUUCUUUUUCGUCCUGCUGCUGCUGCUAUCAGGGGAUGUCCAGAGCUCGGAAGUGCCUGGGGCUACCGCCGAGGGCUCGGGAGGGAGUGGGGUCGGCAUAGGAGAUCGCUUCAAGAUUGAAGGGCGGGCAGUUGUUCCAGGGGUGAAGCCCCAGGACUGGAUCUCGGCGGCCCGAGUGCUGGUAGACGGAGAAGAGCACGUCGGCUUCCUUAAGACAGAUGGGAGUUUUGUGGUUCAUGAUAUACCUUCAGGAUCCUAUGUAGUGGAAGUUAUAUCUCCAGCUUACAGGUUUGAUCCCGUCCGAGUAGAUAUCACUUCAAAAGGAAAAAUGAGAGCAAGAUAUGUGAAUUAUAUCAAAACAUCAGAAGUGGUCAGACUGCCCUAUCCUCUCCAAAUGAAAUCUUCAGGUCCACCUUCUUACUUUAUUAAAAGGGAAUCAUGGGGCUGGACAGACUUUCUGAUGAACCCAAUGGUUAUGAUGAUGGUUCUUCCAUUAUUGAUAUUUGUGCUUCUGCCCAAAGUGGUCAACACAAGUGAUCCUGACAUGAGACGGGAGAUGGAGCAGUCAAUGAAUAUGCUGAAUUCCAACCACGAACUGCCUGACGUUUCUGAAUUUAUGACAAGACUCUUCUCUUCAAAAUCAUCGGGCAAGUCUAGCAGCGGCAGCAGUAAAACAGGCAAAAGUGGGGCUGGCAAAAGGAGGUAGUGGGGUGGUCCGGAGAUGCGUUUGCACAAACACAGCAACACUGGGUGGCAUCCAAGUCUCGAGGGAAAACCAUGUGAAGUAACUACUGUAAACCUGAGUCAUCCUUAAAGUUGAUCUCUUAUAACUGUUGUGUGUGAUAAUUCUUCAGCACGUUUUGUACUUGGUACACACAAAAACCCAGCUUUCAUCCUUUGUAUGAGGUCAAUAUUGAUGUCACUGAAUUAAUUACAGUGUCCUAUAGAAAAUGACAUUAAUAAAUUAUAUAAAGUACUAUACAUUAUGUAUAUUAAAAUAAGUCUUAAUCCAGAGAUAACAUCAUCUUGUCAUUUUUUUCCACUUAAUGUUUCUUUUAUUCCUGACAGUUUUCUUCUAUUUUUCAUUAUCUGAGGCUUGAAAUUGGCCUUUCUUGUUUAGAAAGAAGUGGUUGUUAUUUUUAGAGCAGCAUCCACCAUGGUUUUUUGUGUAGCCAGACCUUUCAGACUUCUCAGCCCUGCCCUGCCAUUUAACAUUCCCUGAUAUUUCAGGUAGAACCACAUAUUCAUUUUGUAGUUUUAACUUUUAUUAUUACAGUUCGUUUCAGAGUAUGGAUGUAUGAGUUAGAAUAGAUGUUAUCGAUUUUUAAAUUCUGGUUACCAUCUGUGGUUUCAUUUUACAGUUACUGAGUAUCAGCUGUGUGCUGUGAUUCAAGGUAGGACACGGAGUGGGUAAUAUCCAGUGCCUGUCCCCAGUAAGGCUUAUUAUGUAGGGAGGAAGCACAAAUAAUAACAGGGAGCGAAUGGCCAGAGAAAGAAGUGCAGCAGUAGGAGAGCCUUCUAGAGUCUAAGGAUGGAAAAUCAACCUUAGAGCUCCAUAUUGUAAUGUUGGUAGUACAGCACAGGUGGCUUUUAAAUCGCCUCAUCUCUCUCAUCAUUGGUUCUCAGAGUUGUUGGAAUAUAAAUCACUACUUUCCAAUCAGGAGUAUCUCAGAAACUUUUUAUUUCGGUAAGCUACAAAAAUUUCACACCUUUUCUUUUGGGUUGCUUUAAUGAAAGAGGAACUCUGAGGCUACAGUAUUGCUUCUAGUAGAGGACUUCCAUCUUUCCCGUGUUCAAGAACUCCCUUAUUGCUCUCUUAAGGUUAUUAAAUCAGCAAAAAACAACAAAAAAAAGAUUGGGUCCAAACUCUUGAUUUUCCCUUUUGCAGUAGGCGCCAUUGUGCAUUUUGAAAUGAGGUAAAUAAGUUUUCUUUUAAAGAAAUGUUUUGAUGCAGGACAUUUUAUUAACUAUAUCUCUGUUUGUAUUACAUACACUAAAGUUAUAAAGCUGGUGAAGCUAUGAAUGAUUAAGGCGGAUAAACUGGUUUAAUGGUAGAACUAGAUCUUUUAAAAUAGAGUACUUUAUUGCAAAUAACUAAAAUAUUGAAGCACUAGUUGAAUGAACGUUGUAAGUCAAAGAUGACAGAAUAUAGUAACAGUCAUAGUUGCAUGACCAGAAAUCCUGUUGAAAAUUUCAAAAUCUGAAUUGUCAAAAUUUGCACACGAAAUACCUAAUGACUAAGAAAUUAGAAAGCACUUCCAAGGAAAUUAUCAUUUCAUUUGCUAAUAAGAAACUGUGGUUAUUUUACAUAAAUUCUAACAUCAUCUGAAUAUGAUAUAUAUAUCCCUUAUUAUAUUACAGAAUGUUAAUACAUCAAUUGCGUUUGAAAAAUCUUAUCUUUGCACAGAACCUUCAUCAAAUCUUAGUGUGCUUACAAGUGCGGAAAUGAUGUAUUUUAUUAGAUAAUAUGGGGUUCUGUGCAGAGAGCCUCUGUUUAGCUGCUAACUUGCUUUGUGACUUUGGGUAAGUCACUUUCCCUUCUUUGGACUCUGUCUUGUUCAUUGUUGUAUUUCCAGCAUUGAGCAUGUAGGCACACAAUAAAUGUUUGUUGAAUGAA